AUGGCCACACUAGCAGCUGCACCAGUCACGGGUGCCAUUUUACCCGCAGUUCAGAUGAACAUUAACUAUGCGGAUCUUAAAGAACAAGUGAAGGAUUUUUUGCUGCAUUAUAAGUCCUCUGCCUCUUUAGAGGAGGCCAAAGAGGACAAUAAUGAUGGCAUUUACGAUCACAGUGUUAACGAAUUGAGAAUUGACGAGGAAGACAUUGAAGGUAUUGGUAAAGGUCCUAAAUAUAUGUAUCUUCUUCAGAAGGUUGCCAAUAGACAGCUUAGUGCCUUAUCAAUCGAACUCGAUGACAUUAAGAUGUACGAGGAGACGCAAAAACCCGGAGGAGCAGGUCCAUCCUCACAUUCUGCUGGUUCCUACGGUUCUCGUUUGACGGAUAUCAUUGUUAAGAAUACGGAACAUUUUGUUGAGUUGUUUUCGCAGGUGAUUGACGAGAUUAUGCCCCAGCCUACAGUAAAUAUCUCUCAUAAGGACGACGUCUUGGAUGUGAUUAUUCACCAAAGGAAGUUACGAAACGCUCGAUUGAUUGAAGAACGUCAACGGGAAUUGGUCAGUAGUGGAUUGGUGGGAAACAGUGCCGAGCAGCAGCGUGCUGAAAACGCUGCUGCCUCCGCUGUCAAUGACGACUCUAUGGAUCUAUUCCCUCCUCAGCUCACUCGUAGGUAUAAUUUAUACUUUUGUCCUCUAACGGGAGCCACUCUUAAGGGUCCGGCCAAAGCUCUUGCUGUUCGUGAAGUCCGGGGAAGUCAUUUAGGUACCCUUAUUACCGUUCGUGGUAUAGUGACACGUGUUUCUGACGUCAAACCUGCCAUUCAAGUUAAUGCUUAUACGUGCGACACCUGUGGUUAUGAAGUAUUCCAAGAAGUCACCUCAAAUACAUUUACUCCGCUGACUGAAUGUACAUCUCCUCAGUGUAUGAGCAAUCAGCAUCGAGGCCGACUUUUCCCCUCUACCCGUGCGUCAAAGUUUAUGCCUUUCCAGGAUGUUAAGAUUCAAGAGCUUGCUAGCCAAGUUCCUGUUGGUCAGAUCCCUAGAAUGCUCAAUAUUCAUGUGACAGGAGAUUUGGUUCGUUCCAUGGAUCCCGGUGACAUUGUAGACGUGGCGGGAAUAUUUUUACCCCUUCCUUACACUGCCUACAAAGCCUGGAAGGCUGGAUUACUUACCGAGACUUAUCUUGAGGCACAAAGCGUUAAGCAGCAUAAGAGGAAGUAUGAGACUCUUGGUUUAACGUCAGAGGCUGAAGAGAAAGUCGCUGAAAUCCAGUCUGAGGGACGCGUUUACGAAAGAUUGGCGUCUUCCAUUGCACCAGAGAUCUUUGGUUACUUGGAUAUUAAAAAGGCCUUGUUGUUGCUAUUGGUUGGAGGUGUUACGAAACAGAUGGGUGAUGGUUUGCGAAUCAGAGGAGACAUCAAUAUUCUAUUGAUGGGAGACCCCGGUGUUGCCAAGUCCCAAUUGCUUAAAGCCAUCGUUAAAAUGGCUCCAAGAGGUGUUUACACCACCGGUAAAGGUUCGUCCGGAGUCGGUCUUACUGCUGCCGUUAUGAAGGAUCCUGUUACCGACGAAAUGGUUCUUGAGGGAGGUGCAUUGGUCUUGGCAGAUAACGGUGUCUGUUGUAUUGAUGAGUUCGAUAAGAUGGACGAGGGUGAUAGAACUGCCAUUCAUGAAGUGAUGGAGCAGAAUACGAUUUCUAUCUCUAAAGCUGGUAUCACCACAACCUUGAAUGCCAGGGCUUCUAUUUUGGCCGCUGCCAAUCCAUUAUAUGGCCGUUAUAAUGCCAAGUUGUCUCCUUUCCAAAACAUUAAUCUUCCUGCCGCUUUGAUGUCUCGAUUUGAUAUUAUGUUUGUCAUUCUAGAUAAGCCCGACAGAGAGCAAGAUGAACGGUUGGCAGAACAUGUGGCUUAUGUGCAUAUGUACAACCAUCAACCGGAAACGGACUUACAGCCGCUUGAUGCUACCACAAUGAGACAGUUUAUCUCCAUGGCCAGACGGUUUAGACCUGUCAUUACCGCAGAAGUUCGUGAUUAUGUGGUGCAGCAGUAUAUCAAGAUGCGGAAGGAGAGUAAGAAGUACGAAAAUUCCAAGUUCUUCUUUGGUCAUGCCACUCCAAGAACCUUGUUAGGCAUACUUCGUAUGUCUCAGGCCUUGGCCAGAGUGCGUUUCAGUAAUGAAGUGGAUGUCUCAGAUGUUGACGAGUCCUUGAGAUUGGUCAAUGUUGCCCGUCAAAGUUUAAGUGAUAACAGUGACAACUCUGAAGAUGCCAAAGAAUCUGAUGCGUCUAAAGUGUUUUCCCUUGUCAGAGAGAAGAUUCAGGAUGAGUUGAAGAACAACAGAGAAGAUGAGAAAUUGGUCUCGAUUGAAGUGCUUCGGGAUGCGUGUAUCGGUAAGGGAUUCACAGAAGACUUGUUCAAAGAGUGUAUCUAUAGAUACCAAGCGUUGAACCUUUGGCAUCUUAUGGAUGAUAAGGAAAGCUUGGCCAUCUUGGGUGAUUUUGAUGGCGAUGUUGACAUGAAUUAG